AUGUAUUCGUUGGCAGCGCAGCUCCAUAAACAAGUCAAAAAUCAAGUCAAAAUCAAGGAAGUCCGCCGUUGCUCACGUGAUUCGCUGUCAAAUCGCGACUUCUUCCUCCAAACGUUCAUCGUUUCCAACAACUUAACAAGCCCAACACAGACCUCCGUCGUUCUUAACUCCACACACCUGGGUUCUCGCUUCCGCACGCUCGUUACUCCAGCUGGACGAUGCGGUGCCCCGGUCCGGGGUCGCUCGUCCUCUUGCUCGGCGCAAGCAGGGACGGUCGAAGCGCUUCUUGACGAGCUCCUUCAUCACCUCGCAGGUUCUGAGUUGGUCUCUGCAAAUUCCACGGUCGAUCUUCCCCGCCUGCGGUCCAAGAAGGACGCGUUCCUGAACGAUGUGGUGUCUGCGUUCUCAGAUUCAAUCCAGAGGCCGAUGAAUAUCGCCCAGCACGGAAAUGUCGCAACGAACAAAGACAAGUUUAUUGCUGACUUGGUUAACGAGAUGACAGUCUCGGAGCUUGCUAUCCAGAUGCAUCUUAUGUUUGCUGAUAAUAUUAUUGGCAUCAACUCGGACAACGCAGGUUACGACACUGCGAUGGAGGUUGACCCAACCGCGAGUGUUGGUGUUAUUCAUGACUGGUACCCCACCAACAGCACACAAUUUAACAGCAUCCAACAACUAAACCUCGAAAAAUCGCGCCUCAAGAUCCCCUUUUUGGCAUUCGGCGAAUGUGUUCAUGGUGUGGGGUCUUUCCGACAGAGUAUGUUCCCGCAAGCUAUCGGUCUGUCGGCUUCGUUCGACCCUUCGCUGGUAUACGACGUGGGACGGGCAAUUGGAACAGAGGCUCGUGCAAUUGGUGUUCAUGCAUGUCUGGCUCCGGUUCUUGAUUUGGGCAAAGAACCUCGAUGGGGCAGGGUGCAGGAGGCGUGGGGAGAAGAUUAUGUGCAUACAGCGUUGAUGGGGAUUCAGUUUGCGAGGGGUUUGUCGAAGAACGGGUCUUGGGCCGACCCAGAUGCUGUCGUCCCAGUCAUGAAGCAUUUUGCCGCCUACGGAAGCCCGAAAUCAGGACUAAACGCGGCUCCUCAUAUGGGGCGGGGCUUGCGCGAAGUAAUGCAAGAGAUGCUCGUCCCGUUCAAGGCCGUGGUCGACCUCGGUUUUGCGAGAGGUGUCAUGAUGUCUUACAAUGAGCUCGACGAAAUUCCUGCUCAUGUGCAUCCCGUCCUCUAUGGUGCAUUGGCAGAGUGGGGUUUCGAUGGGUUUACUCUCGCAGAUGAUACCGGUAUGGAGCAGCUCUUCACAAGCCAUGGUGUCGCUUCUUCUCCGGCGGAUGCUAUUGCACAGUGGUUUAAUGCUGGCGGCAUGGUCAAUUUCUAUGACUUUCCGAUCGAUGUUUGGGUCAACAGCACCAUUGAUCUUGUUGCCAAUGGAACAGUAAAGAAAGCGACUUUGAAGGACCAUGUCACAAAGAUUUUGGGUGUCAAGUACGACCUCGGUUUAUUCGAUAACCCAUAUCUUUCCGACACCAUUAACGUCCAAUCCUUGACCACCGAACACGCCCCACUGACGCUUGAUGCCGCACGUAAGAGUAUUGUUCUCCUCGAGAACCGAAACAGCAUUCUCCCACUCGAUCCCAAAUCGCAAAAUCUCAGAACCAUGGCCCUCAUUGGGCCGUUCGGCGAUAUGCUCAACUACGGCGACUAUUCUGGGCAAUGGGGAAUGUAUCCGACCAAUCAUUCCAGUACCAUCCGGCAGGCGAUGAAAGCACAUUUGGAAACGCACUAUCCUUCUACACAACUUGUGUCGAGCUGGGGCGCAGACACAUGGACCUAUCAUGGUCAAUACAACAUUCCGAACUAUCUCCUCUCGUUUCAAGGUGCUUUGGGCAUGCGCGGGACCUACUUCGCCGACACAAAUUUCUCGGAGCCGGUUUUCACAUUACAAGAGACACCAAACCGCGAUUGGGGACUCUACCCGCCUGUCGGUCUUCCUUCGAAUAACUUCAGUGUCAUCUGGGAAGGCGAACUUGAGGUUCCGGUAGAUGGAGCCCCUGUCGAUGGCUGGCUGGGUGUUGCUGCAGCAGCGAACUGCUCAGCUCGUCUUUUCGUGGAUGGCGUUUUGGUCGCGGAGAAGGUCCUCUCACCCAACAACACUAUCAUCGGCAAUAUCCAGGUGGGGGUGGAUAACGCUCAGCCACCGCCUGGGGGUGUGGAGUUCUUAUUCCAAGCCGGCGCGAAGCACCAACUGCGACUGGAGUUCCAGGCCUUCAAUACGGUCAUCAAGAGGGCAAAUUUUGGUAGCUUGAAUGCCGAGGUAGAGCUGUUUUGGAAUUUAGUGGACCGGCGGGAUGCAGUCAAACGAGCUGUUGACCUUGCGAAGAAGGCGGAUGUCGUUGUUCUUGCUGUUGGUGCAAAUUGGAACAGCGAUGGAGAGAGUGGGGAUCGCGCAACAUUGGGAUUGUCUCCAAAUCAAACCGUUCUCGCUGAUGCCAUAUAUGAUCUUGGAAAGCCCGUCAUUCUGGUUCUGCAAGGCGGCCGGCCGUUUGCCAUACCUGAGCAUUACACCAAUUCUGCCGCGGUAGUCAACGCUUUCUUCCCUGGACAGUCUGGCGGACAAGCAAUAUCUGAUGUCCUCUUCGGCGUGUACAAUCCUGGCGCGAGGGUCCCACUUAGCGUGCCUUUCGAUGUCGGCACAUUGCCGGUGUAUUACAAUUAUAAAUCGACUGCACAUGCCAACAACUAUACGGACGAGAAUGCUGGUUCUUACCCCAUCUAUAGCUUCGGAUAUGGGCUUUCGUAUACCACUUUCGAAAGCUCCGAUUUCAACACGCGUGGCCAAAAGACCUUUUCUUUGGGUUCUAACAUCACAUUUUCGACGAGGAUCACAAACACUGGCAAUGUCGCAGGAAGCUAUGUCCCUCAAGUAUAUCUCCUCCGCGCAGGACGUGUCUCCACAAUCACAGUGGCCGUCAAGCAGCUUGUUGCGUUCUCUAGGGUCUAUUUAGAUGCUGGGGAAAGUGCGGUGGUGGAUAUGGACUUGGAAGUCGACCGAUUCCUGCAGGUGUACAGCAACCAAUGUGACCUUGACCUGUAUUUGAGACAUUGA